AUGGCUAAAUUAGUUCAACUGCUAGUGUUUGCUGCUAUGCUGUGUUUGACGUACUCGUUUCGAACUCAGUCUGUAGGAGCGUAUGGGCGCCUUUAUUGCGGCCAGACUCCAGCUAAAGAUGUUGUUGUUCGCUUAAUUGAUAAGGACCAAGGAGAAAGAGGACCUGACCCCGAUGAUUAUAUGGAACAAACAACAACAAAUUCCACUGGACAUUUUCUUAUCAAGGGAUCUGCUCUUGAGUUAAGCAUGAUUGAUCCUGAAAUCCGGAUUUACCAUGAUUGCAGAGAUCAUCAUAAGAAAUGUAUGCGUGAAUGGGUUAUGCGUAUUCCCUACAAGUAUAUUGUUGAUGGAGAACAGAUUGCAAAUUUACUGAAUAUUGGAAAUCUGAACUUGGAGGCGAGAUAA